AUGCUCUGCGCCACAGCCAAGAUGGCAGCGCCCGUUGUUUCAAGAUGGCGACUCCUACUUUUCCAAGAUGGCGACGCCCACUGUUCCAAGAUGGCGGCCUCCAGGCCGGAAGUGCCGGUGCAGCCCGGAAAUGGAGACAAGGAGAAGGGGCGGAGGGGGGCUCGGGGGGGCCCGGGGGGGGCUCUGGGGGUGGUGAGGGGGGUCUCCCGUAGGGGGAGGGGGGCACUCGGCCGCCAUUUGGCGUUGGAGGCGGAGCGGGAGCGGAGGCGCCUCCCCGGAGCCCCCCCCUCCUGUCCCGUCCUUCCGCCUCCUCCUCCUCCGCCUCCCCCCUCCGGGCUCCCCUCACCCCCCAGUGAAGAGGCAGGACCGGCCGGGAGCCAUCGGUGUGCUCACCUGUCCCAGGACGCCGCCCCCGCCUCACCGGCACCGUGGAAGUGGAGUGUGAGGAGGAGGAGGAGGGCCCCGCGCACACAGGUGCCUCAGCCCAGGUGAGGCUGGG